AGUCCAUCCAUCGACAAUAAUAAUAAACAACAUCGAGCGAACGAGUGAAGCCUGCUGAAAUUUCUAGCAAUAAUUUUUUGUAUUUCUAUGAAAUAUUAUUGAAAUUUUCUUUGAGGAAAAUGUGUCUGGAGGGGACCGUGUCCGCUCGUCUCUUCUCGCAAAUCGUCCAGCACGUCUCCGUUUCGCCAGCAAUCGUGAAAAGUGAGCAGAGAGAUGAUCCUGAGAUGGACUUCACCGAGAGGGCCAAAAUCGUGGAGGAAAUUUUGAGCAGCCACCCUGAGCGGUUCUUGGAGAGAUUCGGGUCGCACCUGAUUGAGGAGCACUUGUGCUACUUUCAAAAUCUGGACUGCGCCGAAGGUGGCGAAUAUUCCAUUAAAUUCCACGUAGAUCAAAUCCAGAAAAGAUUGGCGGAUAAAAAGAACGUGCUGGUGAAAAACAGGAGAUACGCGGCUUUGAAAAAGCUGGUCAAGGAAGGGAGCUACUUCAGCGAAACGGAAAUGAAAAGCCGGAAUCCUUUGCUGUACGACCAGCUCGUCGGACAACACAUGACAGAAGACGAGACUUACGAAAGAGACAGAGCAAAUUUCCAAAAUAUGACUUUGGCUACUUUUCUGAUGGCUAGAUUUGAUAAAGAGGCAGAGGCGAAUUUGCAUCAGUUCCAACAGGACAGAGAAGAGGCUGCCAUGGAGGAAAGUGACGAGGACAGUGACGAAGAGGAAAUGCCGGAAAGAAAGGAGCCGAAUGAAGACGAGGACGAAAGAUUGCUCUUCAGACAGGAGUUUGUCACGCACAUGUACAACAGCUUUCUUAGGGGGCAGGACAAAGACUUUGACUACAGUUCCGUUGACCAAAAUGCAGAUUAUGACGACAUGAGUGCCAAAGAGAGGGACGAAGAGGACAGUUAUUUUGAUUCAGAAACGCCCGUAACUGUGAUAAAAAGUGAAAGUGCUGCGUCGACGGUUGAGUCCGAGGAGGACGAACUUGAAGCAUUUAUGCGAACUUUACCUCCAACGGAAAAGCAAGUUGAUAGUUAGCAUGAAUGCCAUGAAUACAUUACAUAUUUGUAUUAAAUAAAUCAAAGCCAUUGUAAAAUUAAAUUAAAUGUAUAAAACUGAGAAGAGAGAUUGGUUUCUUACAAAAAAUCAAAUGGAAUCAUGAUUUUUUAUUUAUAUAAUUUAUUGCUGUUGAUUGAUUAAUUUUUCAUCUUGUUGAAAAUAACACUACACUUUUUGCAGUA